AUGGUAGUAAUCGAUUUAUUGUACCUUCACCGCAUCAACGUCAACACUGAACCUCACCCGGGCAUUCACGUGUGCGUGUCGCAUAACACAAACUGGUUUUAUAUAUCUUGGAUUCCAAUAUUUGGUUAUGAGUCGAUCAUCCUCCUACUUGGACUACGGGCUGGAAUGCAAUUUUUUAAGGAAUCAAGAUCGCUCCCCUCAUCCAAUCGAUUCCCAUUGCAUUUUAUUCUUCUCCGUGACAGUAUAUUGUAUCCUGUCAUAGCUUUGAUAGUUGGAGCCUCAAAUGUGUUGGGCUGGUUCAGACCACUGAGUUAUUCAACUCCUGUGGCGGCUGGCUUGUCUCAAUUCUUUUCAAGGAUGUUAGGUUGUCGCCUCAUUCUCAACUUGCGAGAAGCUUAUUAUCUGCCCUUCGAGGAAGAAUGCAGUCGGAAUGAAGGGUUACAAUCUCUUGUUUUCGCUCAGACAGACGGUGGAGCGGAAAGUACUAUUGAAUGA